AUGUGGCUUUUGUCCCCCAAUCGUUAUCCUACUUCUUGGCAGCAGUACCAUACCUAUGGUCAGUCUGUCCCCAAUGCUAGCCGUGGCUGCAUGGGUAUUUCUCUUCUUGUAAAUCCUUCUUUCCCUUACCCCAUUUCUAUUGUUCCUUCUUCUUCUCCUUAUGUUCUUUCUUGUAUUGUAUUUGAUUUUCUUAUUCAUUGCAUUUAUCUUCCCCCUUCUCUUUCUGAUGAUGAUGCAAUUUCUAUUCUUUAUGACCUCCCCCUCUCUUCUUCUUCUAUUCCUUCUUCUAACACUAUUUUUUGUGGUGAUUUUAAUUCACGUAUGGGAUCCUUUCUUGGUGACCAUGCUAUCACUUCGCGAGGAACUUCUUUUCUUCAGUGGAUCCAGGCAACUGGUCUCACUUGUUGGAAUGAAUUACUUGCAUUUGGUAUUCCUACCUUUCUUUCUGGUGGCUCUGGUACCUCACGUUCCAGUGUCAUUGAUUUAUUUCUUUCUACGUCCCCCCUUCUCAAUCCUUCUAUGCAAAUUCGUUCUGAUCUUUCUUUAGGCUCUGAUCACAAAAUGGUCAACCUCACUUUCACUCCCUAUGUUUCACCUCCCCCUCCCCCUACUAAUCAUCCGCACCUACUUUGGAAUCUUUCCAAGCUUGCUCAGCCUGACACUCUCAAGAUCUACAUUGAUACAGCUUCUGGGUCAUUGGACAAUCUGACAGAGCAGUUCAGUGCUUUCCUUUCUUCUUCUUCUCCUCCUCCUGUAGAUUCUCUGUGCUCUGCUUUUGCUCAAGCUAUCUAUGAUGCUCUGGACACUGCUGUUGGUCGUCGUACACCACGUACCAUGCAAAAGUACUGGUUCUGGUCAGUGGACCUUCAAGAAGCAAUGGAUCUGAGAGAACGCAGCUACCAACGCUGGCGUCAUUCUAGUGGUUUGCAGAAGGCUAUAUGCUGGAUGCGCCAUCAGAAUGUAUGUCAUGCUGUUAGGUUAUCAGUCCAGCGUCGUCAACGUGAAACAUGGAAAGAAUUCUGCAACAAAUUGGCAACACAAGACUUUGCAAAGACAACAGCAACAAUGAAACAUAUUAAAAGCCAUCGUCAAACCAGUCCUGUCUUUGUGGAUCCUGGUGGACCUCAAGUAGCUGCUAACAAAAUGGCUGAUCAUCUUCAACAGAUUUUCUCAGGUCAAUUUCUUCCUGCACGCUGCCCUUCAGACCAGACAGUGAUGAUUUCAUCACCAAUUGCAAUUGAUGAAUCAUGUCCUUUUACUCAUCUUUCUGUAGAGAGUGCAAUUCUCAAGCUUCCUACACGCAAGGCUCCUGGUGUUGACCAUCUUCGUGCUGAAAUGCUUCACCCAAUUGUUAAGCAAGUCUCUCCUGUUCUUUGUCUUUUGUUCCAGCUUUGUUGGCAAUGGGCAAAGGGGACUAUUGAUCCAUCUCUUCUCAUCUCUCGUAAUUGUGUCUCUGCUAUCAACAGCAUGCGUGCUCUUCAAUCACUUGGUGUCAAUCACACUGGGUUGUCACGUCUACUCUCAAUUCGUUUGUAUCGCCAGUUUAUCCGUCCACAAUUUGAGUAUGGCCUGGCAAUAUCCUGCUUCAACAUUAAACAAGUUGCUGUGCUUGAAAAGGCCCAGAACACAUGCUUACGCAUGAUUUUUGGAGGUCACUCCACAUCUUCUACAUCUGUUUUCCGUCACCUUGGGAAUCUUUCUAGCAUGAGGGAGAGGAUCUUGACUCUUGGUUUCAAGUUUUUUAAGCUUUUAGCUAAUCCCAUUUGGUUGUCUCUCUCCAAUCGUCAGAAUGCUGAUUCUAAAGCUUGCAAGCAUGCCAUUCGUUCAUUUUUGAACCAGGGCCUCUUCUUGCAAUGCUCUCAACAAAUACUUCUCUCUGCUUGCCGUCCUUCUCUUGGUGUUGACCCUAUUCUCUGGCUUCCCAUGACUAACUAUGAACGUAGUAGAUUCAUACGUUGGCGUAUGGGGUGGCUUCCUGGACGUCCUCAACCUUGUUCCUGUGGAUUGCAUACCACCAGCCGUCAUCAUGUCAUUGAGUGCACUGGAGCUGCAAUUCGUCUCCAUCUCUAUUCUACAGUACAACCCAAUCCAAUUGAUUAUGUACUCAAUAUGCUGCCUAUGAAGAAACUUAAAAACAACAAGAACAAUGCCUUCUGGAUCUUUACUUGGCCAAUUCUUUGUAGAAUCAUAUUGGACAUAGAACAGAUCUGUCUCCCUGGGGUUGAUCUUGCUGAUCAUGCUGCAACAGACAGAGGACAACUCUUCUUGAACUGGCUACCCAAAUGA